AAGAAAACAUUAUGGCAAAAGGUCAAAGCAGAGGCUGUGCAUUAUUGGCAUGGAACCAAAUUACUUGGACUUGAAGUCCGUAUUUCAUCCAAGCUUACAUGGAAAUUACUCCACGGUAAUAAAUUAACUCGCAGAGAAGCCCGCCAGCUUCGCCGUACAACUUCAGACAUAAUACGCCUUGUGCCUUUUGCUGUGUUCCUCAUUGUUCCUUUUAUGGAGUUAUUACUUCCUGUGGCAUUGAAACUAUUCCCUAAUAUGUUGCCUAGUACUUAUGAAAGUAAAACAGUAGAGGAGGAGAAAAAGCGUAAACUGUUAAAGGUACGACUGGAAAUGGCAAAAUUUUUGCAAGAGACCAUUGCAGAAACUGGUUUCCCUGGAUCCGAUUCUUCACAGGCUGCCCAGGAGUUUGCAGAAUUCUUUAGAAAGACCCGUAUUACAGGAGAGCAACCAUCUACAGAAGACCUCCUGAAUGUGGCGAGACGGUUUGAGGAUGAGUUGACAUUGGACAAUUUGACUCGUCCACAGCUGGUAUCAAUGUGCAGAUAUAUGAACAUCAAUGCUUUUGGUUCCGAUAAUUUUCUGCGUUUCCAAAUUCGUAACCGUAUGAGACAAAUCAAGGCGGAUGAUCAAGUCAUUGUGGCUGAAGGAAUCGAUGAUCUUACAAUACAAGAGCUUCAGGCCGCAUGUGCUGCCCGCGGUAUCCGUACCAUCGGAACUUCCCCUGGAAGAUUAAGAGAUGAACUGUCCCAGUGGCUCGACCUCCAUCUUAAUCACCAUGUACCCUCGACUCUCCUUAUCUUAUCCAGAGCCUUUAGUUUUACUGACCGCCAUAUGACCACCGAAGAUGCCCUCCGAGUUACCUUUGACAGUCUUCCGGACAACUUGGUAAACGAGGCUGAGCUUCAGGUGCUUGAAUUGGUUGGCGCAAGCACUUACAAACAGAAGAUGGAAGUCCUUGAACAGCAGCAAGAACUUAUUGAGGAUGAGUCUGAACAA